AGUGCACUGUGAACUACCCGCAGUCAGACUAUCAUAUCGUCCUUCCUCUUUCUCUCUCCUGGAGAAGCAUUCUUCAGAGUUCAGGCUUCAGGGUCUCUUCCAAAAUCCAACCCCUUAGACUUUGUCCCUUCCUGUAGAUUCUCGGGUUCCGAUCAAUUUUCUUCCACAUAUUUAUCGAUUUCUCAACUGGGUCUCGCAGAUUCAACCUCGAAAUGCUCGAAUUCAAGACCAUGAAGAAGAAAAUGUGGAUGUUCUCUCAUUGAUUCCGUUCCCAAACACUCCUUGUCUUGUUGCGUGAUGGAAGGUAUGAGAUUAGGCAAAAAGACCUUACUGAGCAGAGGUGGUGAAGCAAAGCUGCGUUGUCGUCGAGGACUCUCCUUCUGGUUCGCCCCCACCACUCGCCCCCCUGGUCUGGACCCUUAAAUCCUCCUCAACAAUGGCUUCUUUCUCUUGGAACUCAAACCCUUCCUGCGGAUUAGAUUUUUCGAACAUUCAUGAUCUGUCUGUGCGCAAUACCGGAGGAUUCUAUGAAAAUUCUAUAGACGGGUCGUCGUUAUCUCACGCGCAGUCGCUCGUCAUAGAUAGCGAGAAGGGAGAACUCGUGACGGCUCCGGUGAAGCUGGCGAAGAAAGGGCCGUCGGAGGCGAAGGUUGUCGCUGCUUUGAAGAGCCACAGCGAGGCCGAGCGGCGGCGCAGACAGAGGAUUAAUGCGCAUCUCACUUCGCUUCGUGGCCUUGUGCCUUGUACAGAUAAGAUGGACAAAGCAACAUUGCUUGCUGAAGUUAUCAGUGAAGUCAAAGAACUGAAGAAAAAAGCGACAGAAGCCAGUAAAGAUUUGCUCAUACCAAUGGACACCGAUGAAGUGAGAGUUGAACCACAUGAUGAUGAAACAAAAGACGGAAGGUUUUCUUUCAAGGCAUCUCUGUGCUGCGACUACCGACCUGAGCUUCUAUCGGAUCUAAGGCAAGCCUUAGAUGCCCUUCAUCUAAACAUGGUGAAGGCAGAAAUCUCGACCUUGGGAUGUCGAGUGAAAAAUGUAUUUGUUUUUACUGGCUGCAAAGAUGGGAAAGGUGACAAUGCUGAGGCAUGCCAGCUUCUUGCUAGUUCUGUUCACCAGGCCUUGGGCUCUGUCCUGCACAAGGGUUCUGCCCCAGCAGAAUUCUCACCAAGAACAACUCUACCAAAUAAGAGGAGGAAGGUUUCUCUCCUAGACUCAUCCAGCUCAUCUUCAUGAGAGCGGUGAUCCUGCUGCUGCUGCUGCUGAUGAUGAUGAUGGUGAUGAUGAUUGUGUGCAUAUAACACAGUUGAUUGUUCGUGUGUUCUGUUGUUGCAUGUAUGUGUGAAUAUGGAUGUGUGGAGGUUGAAGAUGAUGCACGCAUUGUGAAUAUCACACACCUGCAAUCUGGGUUGAAGAAGCCCCUUUUAUGUUUCUUAGUUUCCUUGGAAUGCCCUGUAAAACCCUCUAUGAGAGGUCUGUUGAAAUCAGUGAAGAAUAAAUGGUGCUCAACUUCCUUCUGCUUUAUUAAA